UGUCAGUGGCCGGUUGAGGCUCCGACAGAUAUUCACUGAUCCCGGUCGCAGGGGGCUCGCCAUGCGCUGCCCGCACCCCCUGCCUCUCCGCCCUCUCUCUCUGCCCUUCGCUCUGCUCCUGGGCUCCGCGCUGCUGCCAGGCUUUGUCGGCAAUGCGAGGGGAAGCAAUGCAACAGGUGCGUGGCCGAGGGGGUGUCGGAAAACGAGCGAAAGGAGCAGAAGGUACCCUUGAGCUCCAGACCAAUGAGAUUGAAGACCUAAACCGUAUUAAAACCCGGUUCUCGCUACGGCGUCCCUCUGCCCCUUCGGAGGAUGAAUGCUACGUCAUAGCGGGACACAUGGACUCUCUGGCCAAAUGCAACUUCAACACAAGCAGCAAGACCUUCCUCAUUAUCCAUGGGUGGAGUGUGAGUGGAAUGUUUGAGAGCUGGAUUGGAAAGUUGGUCGUCGCCCUGUACCAGAGGGAGCCUGAUUCCAAUGUCUUCGUUGUGGAUUGGCUUAACCGCGCUCACCAGCAUUAUCCAAUCGCAGCCCAGAAUACUCAGCUGGCUGGUCAAGACAUUGCCAAGCUCAUCAACUGGCUGGAGAAACGAGUGAGAAUUCCAGCUGGCAAGAUGCACCUGAUUGGAUAUAGCCUGGGAGCACAUGUGGCUGGCUUUGCAGGGAGUCACGCAGCCAACAAAAUUGGCAGGAUUACAGGUCUGGAUCCUGCGGGGCCUGUGUUCGAAGGGGCGGACGCUCAGGACCGGCUCUCUCCUGACGACGCCACAUUUGUCGAUGUUCUCCACACCUUCACUCGAGAGUCUCUGGGACUGAGCAUUGGGAUCAGACAGCCCGUGGGCCAUGUUGACAUCUACCCCAACGGUGGCAGUUUCCAGCCGGGCUGCAACCUACAGGGGGCCGUGAACAACAUUGCCAUGUACGGCAUCUAUGCGUUCUCAAAGGCCAUGAAGUGCGAGCACGAGCGGUCGAUCCACCUCUUCAUUGACUCCAUACUGCACAAAGAUCAGCCGUGCGUUGCCUUUCGCUGCAGCAACCAGCGCGCCUUCCAGAAGGGGGUUUGUCUGAGCUGCCGCAAGAAUCGGUGCAACACCCUGGGCUACGACGCAACUCCGGUCCAGACCAGGAAGGCCAGCCAGAUGUUCCUGAAGACCAGGGCCGAGAUGCCUUUCCGAGUUCACCACUACCAGCUGAAGAUUCACUUCUUCGGCAAAACCACCCACUUUGACAUCGAUCCCACCUUGUCCGUAUCCCUUCACGGGACUGAGAAUGUCAUUGAGGACCUGCACCUUGAAACAGUGGACAGGUUUUCGCCCAACAAGACCCAUUCAUUCCUGGUGGUAACCGAAGUGGACAUUGGGGACCUGCUGCUGAUAAAGUUUAGGUGGGAAUCGUCCCUAACCUGGAAUUCCCUGUGGAAAAGAAUGAAGAAUUCAAUUUCCUGGUACAAGCUGCCUCUCUGGAGCGCCUCGAUCAGUUCCGAUUCCGAUAUUCAGUUCCGCAGGAUCCGGGUGAAGUCUGGAGAAACACAGAAAAAGAUGGUGUUCUGUUUGAAGGAUUCCUCAACUGGGAUUGUCCCCUCUCAGGAAGCCAUCUUUGUGCGCUGCCCAGCCGGUCGGGAGUCAUCACCCACUUCAAGACCCCAUGGUCAGAAACUCUGAGAGAUAUCUGUGCAAGGAUCGACGGGAGCAAACCUCCACAGCAGGAAGCAGCACUGACAAGCUGAGAUGGUUCGCACAGCGAGGCCCGCCCACCCCCAGGCCCACGUUUACUUUACGGGAUGGUAUUUAUUUGUAUAUAUUGUAAAAUCACUGUAAAUACCCUGUACAAUAGCUGCAUAAACCCAAUGAA